GAGAGUGAUGGCGGUGGGGAGGGACGCUCUUUUGUCUCAUCUGCAACCAGUAAGGAAAUUGAAACGCGGAGGGGCCGAUAGAGCCGGCGGGUCGACGGGGACGGUUUCUAAACACCUGCUGAAGGCCUCACACCUCGAAGAAGAACUUGCAGGUCCCGGGUUUGCAGCUUCGAGUCCUUUUCUCGAGAACUGGCCCAGGGGAUUAGAAGGAGAGGACUUGCUGAUGGGAAACUCAAACCAAACAUCAGAUCAAGAUCUGACAGAGCCACUCGAUUCAUCGGGACCUGAAUAUCAAUGGCCUUUGAAUAUUUAAAAGGUGGAAGGAGAAAUGUUUGUCUGUUCUGUCUGUGGAAGAAGAAUUCAACCAUCGGUGUGACUGGAAAAGCACCGAGACACCCACACACCCGAGUGAGUGUGUUCCAGUGAACUGACUGUGGGAAAGAGCUUUAACCAGUUACACAGCCUGAAAAAACAUUACACUGUUCACAGUGGAGAGAUCUGUACAUAUGCUCUGUGUGUGGACGAGGCUUCAACUGAUCGACCAACCUGGAGAGACACAAAGACACCCAUACUAUGGAGAAACCGUGGAAAUGUGGGGACUGUGGGAAGGGAUUCAAUUACCCAUCCCUGCUGGAAAUGCAUCAACGCAGUCACAGUGGGGAGAGGCCAUUCACCUGCUCUGUAUGUGGGAAGGGAUUCAUUCAGUCAUCCCACCUGCAGACCCACCAGCAAGUUCACAUUGAUGAGAGGCUGUGUAACCCCUCGGACAGUGAGAACAGCUUUCAAAGCUCCAAGGACCUGGUCAGGGAGCAGGUUGUUCACACCGAGAAACAGUUCAGUUGCUCUCACUGCGGGAAGGUGUUUAAAAGAUCACAGAACCUCAUUGAACACAAACGCACUCACACUGGGGAGAGGCCAUUCAUCUGCUCUUUGUGUGGGAAGGGAUUCACUCGGUCAUCCCACCUCGCUACACACCAACUAGUUCACACAGAUAAAAGACCUUUCAAAUGUUCUGACUGUGAAAAGAGUUAUAAAACCACAAGUGAUCUGCUGAUCCACCAGCGGGUUCACAAUGAGGAGAGGCCAUUCAGAUGCACAGUGUGUGGGAAGGGAUUCACUCUGUCAUCCAGCCUGCAGAAACACCAGCGAGUUCACACUGGGGAGAAAUCGUUCACCUGCUCCCUGUGUGGAAAAGGAUUCAUUUAUUUAACCAGCCUCAGAUCACACCAACUUGUUCACUCUGAUAAGAAACCUUUCAAAUGUUCUGAAUGUGAGAAGAGCUUUAAAACCACAAGUGUUCUGCUGAGACACCAGCGAGUUCACACUGGGGAGAGACCGUUCAUCUGCUCUGACUGUGGGAAGGGAUACACUCGCUCAUCCCACCUGCUGACCAGCGAGUUCACAGUAGUCUGCAGGGACUGGAUACUGCUGUUAUUGCUGCUGUUAAUCAGAUCCAGGAAUGAACCGUGUUCAUCCUGACAGCUGGGUUUUGUUUCAGCUGAUGUAAGUAACCCGUAUAACUGAGCUGGAAUUUAAUAUUCUGGAUAAAUGUCAAGUGAACUAAUAUUGUAACAGGCACACUUACGAGACCUUCAUUUCUCCAACAUGAGAUUAAUUGAUGUCCAGUUGCUAACUGCUCCAUUUUUGGAGCCUUUUCUCCUUUCUAACUCUAGAUUAUUUCAGUUCUCAUGCCUUUAAUUACUCUCACGGACAAGUCCCAUACCUUCCAAACUGUCCCUCCUAGCCUUGGUGUCCAGAAAAGGUAUUGGUAACACUCCCGGGAUCAUUAAACACAAAACCCAGUCUUUUAUACUGAUGUGCUGGGCUCCACCAUCAUUGAGGAUGGUGACGAUUGUGGGGCCUACUUUUCCUGUUAGUUGUUUACUUGUCCAGCACCUUUCUUGACUGGAUGUGGCAGGUUGAUCUGUGAUCUGAUCUGUUGUUUGUGGGAUCGCUUAACCCUGCCUCGAACAUGCUGCUUCCACUGUUUAGAAUGCACAUUGUUCCAUCGUGUAGGGUCACCAGAUUGGAAUCUGAGUUUCAGGAAUGCCUGGUGCUGCUCCUACACUCCGUGUUGAACCAGGGUUGGUCCCUUGGCUUGAUGGUAAUAGUAGAGUGAGGGAUAUGUGGACCAUGUGGUUACGGAUUGUGGCUGCUGCUGAUGACCCAUAGCACCUCAUGGAUGCCCAGUUUAUAUGUCAACCUAUUCUGAAUCUAUCCCAUUUAGCAUGGUGAUAGUGCCUCACAACAUGAUGGACGGCAUCCUCAAGUGUGAAGACGGGACUCUGUCUUAUAAGAUCGCAAGAAUUAGAAGCAGGAGUAGGUCAUUUGGCUGUUCGAGUCUGCUCCGAUCAUGGCUGAUCCGACUGUUGCAUUAACUCCCACUUUCCUGUCUGCCCCCAUAACUCUUGACUCUCUUGUCAAUCAAAAACAUGUCCAACUCAGCCUUGAAUAUAUUCAUUGAUCUAGCCUUCAUUGCUGUCUGGGGAGGAGAAUUCAAAAGACUAAUGACCCUCAGCAAAGAAAUUCUUUCUUGUGUCUGUCCUAAAUGGGAAACCCUUUAUCUUUAAACUGUGCCUCCUAGUUCUAGAUUCACCCAUGAAAGAAAACAUCCUCCCAACAUUUUCCUGUCAAACCCCCUCAGGAUCUUGUUUCAAUAAGAUCACCUCUCAUUUUUCUAAACUCCAACAAGUAUAGGCCCAACCUGCUCAACCUUUCCUCAUAGGACAAUCCCUUCAUUCCAGGAAUCAGUAUAGUGAACCUUCUCUGAACUGCUUCCAAUGCAAGUACAUCUCUCAUUCAGUAAGGGGAUGAAAAUUGUGCCCAGUUCCCUCGCUGUGCUCUCUCCAAUGAUCUGUACAAUCAUUGCAAGACUUCCUUACUUUUAUACUUCAGCCCCCUUUCAAAAAUGCUUCCCUAAUUACUUGCUGUUCCUGAAUGCUACCUUUCUGUCAUUCAUGUACCAGGACACCCAGAUCCCUCCAUACCGCAGCAUUCUGCAGUCUCUCCCCAUUUAAAUUAUAUGGUUUUACUAUUGUUCUUACCAAAGUAUACAACCUCACAUUUUACCACAUUAUACCUGCCACAAUUUUUACCCACUCAAUUAACCUAUUUGUUUAUAUCCUCCUCACAACUUGCUUUACUACCUCUUUGUAUCAUCAGCAAAUUUGAAUAUAACACAAUUGAUUCCUUUAUCCUAGUCAGAUGGUAAUAGUUGAGGCCCCAGCACCGAUCCCUGUGACACUCCACCAGUUACAGUCUGUCAACCCGAAAGUGGAUGAGCACUGUGCAGUGGUCACUCCUCCCAAUACUGUCAUGGACAGAAGGAACUGCAACAGGUAGACUGAUGAGGAUGACAUCAAGUAGGUUUUUCCCUCUUGGUUCCCUCACCAGUGACCGCAGACCCAGUCUAGCAGCUAUGUCCUUUAGGACUUAGACAGCUCAGUCGAUGUUGGUGCAAGCGAGCCAGUCUUGGUGAUGGACAUUCCCCCACCCACUGUACAUUCAAUGCCCUUGCCACCCUCGGUGCUUCUUCCAAGUGGUAUUCAACAUGGAGGAGCACUGAUUUAUCAGCUGAGGGAAGGCAGUAAUCAGCAUGAGAUUUCCAUGCCCAUGUUUGACCUGAUGCCAUGAGACUUCAUGGGGACUGGAGUCAAUGUGGAGGACUCCCAGGGCCACUCUCUCACCCUGUAUACCUCUGUGCUACCAUCUCUGCUAGGGCCUGUCUCUGAGUGUGACUGUGUCAGGCUGUUGCUUGACUAGUCUUUGAGACUGUAGGCAAGGUCAUGUUUAAUAAUUAGUUUCUAUUUUGGUUAUGUGUAAUGAUCAAGGAAUUGAAGUAUAUUCAUCAAAUAACCUAAAAUGAUAUUCUGUUUAAUUGUAAUAAAUGUAGAACACUAGUAGCAUGUGACUGGCUUUUUGUCUGUAGCUGCAUCCUUACUUGACAAGUGAAAUACAGCACAUGGCCCUAGGCUGGUACAAAGCUAUACUUUUAUAGUUUAAUUACAGAGUAAAUGCUGCAAACCCCGCCUUGGUUGGAUGAGCUAAGGUCUGGAACCGUUAACUCCCCAGCCAUUGACACUUUGCAGUUAGUCUUGAGUUAGAAGGAUCUAUUGUGUGAAGAAAACAGCUGUGGGGUUUCAAACCUUCAGCCUUAUGUCUUAAAUCAGUUUAUCCUUUUAACUUGUCGUGUCGUCAAAGAAGCAGUCACUUUCCUGAACAAUAUAUAACCUGGUUCUGUAAACUUAAAGAAUUAAGUGCUCCAAACAGUUUUUGCAGCUCUGUAGUUCUUUUGACUCAUAUUACUUAUGAACAUGUAUCAAUUAAAUGUAUCAAUUGUAUGCA